UCUGUGUAGUGUCGAUUUAGGAAGUCAAGGUAGUACAAAUAUCGAUUGAAAAAACCUUUCCCUAAAUUCCUGGAUUUUGUCCCGAUUCCAUUUUAACCACGUUAUUUUCAUGGGCACGAGAUGGGGCUUUUGUUCGCUAAAUUGUUCAGUUGGUUCAGCAAUGAGGAACACAAGGUGAUCAUUGUGGGCUUAGAUAAUGCAGGAAAAACAACAAUUUUGUAUCAGUUUUUAAUGAGUGAGGUAGUUCAUACAUCACCAACAAUAGGCAGUAAUGUAGAAGAGGUUGUAUGGAAAAAUAUUCAUUUCUUGAUGUGGGAUAUAGGAGGUCAAGAAUCACUAAGAUCAGCAUGGAACACAUAUUACACAAAUACAGAGUUUUUAAUUUUAGUUGUAGAUAGUACUGAUAGGGAAAGACUUGCUGUAUCAAAAGCAGAACUUUACAACAUGUUAAAUCAUGAGGAUCUAAGACAAGCUGGGGUUCUUAUAUUUGCUAACAAACAAGACAUAAAGGGAUCAAUGAGUGUUGCAGAAAUAUCAGAACAAUUAAAUCUUACUUCAAUUAAGGACCAUGGAUGGCAUAUACAGGCAUGUUGUGCCCUUACAGGAGAAGGAUUGUACCAGGGGCUUGAAUGGAUUACAAAUCAUAUUAGGAAGUAGACUUGUAUUCUCUAUUUAAUGCAAAUGUUUCAAUUUAUUUUAUAUAAAAAGCAGUUAAAUUUUUUACUGAAAUAAAUGUACAAUAAUAAAGCUAUCAUUUAUUUCUCUAUGUACAUUAGUCACUGAAUUGUUUCUUUUGUGUGGGAGUGACAUCUGGCUAGUUCUACUAAAUAUUUAACCACUAUGACUGGGUAUGUUUUGUCUUCUUCCUGUAAGAAUGGUUAUCAAUUGGGGGAAUAACAAGUUAUUUUGCUGGGGACUAUGUUUCAUUUGUUCCAAUGCUAGCCAGGAAAACUGGUUUGAUCACAUGAAGUUGAAGCUUUAUGGUAAACUCCCUGGAAAAAAUAAAGUGAAGUGACAAACUCUUAUGGUUGAAGUGCUCUUUGUACAAAGUCAUAUAACUCAAAAACAUAUCUACUGCACAAAAAGAGAAUAUUUUCAGAUAGGAAUAUUGAAGUUAAGCCAAACAAAAUGAUUGAAAGAAAUUAAGAAAUCUUUUUUUUAUUAUUGUUAGAGGGAAGUUUACCAGUAGCCAUCAGUUUUAUACCCAACACAAAUUUCCUGGCUUGUGUCCUACUUACAGCAGCUUAUAAUGUAUACAAAUAUGACUUAAUUCAUUUAGCUAUCAAACCAUUGUAAAUAAAAUUAGUUUCUUUUAGAAGUAAUUGAUAACAGUAAUUUUAUUUUGUCUCAGUAUGAGAUUGAAUAAACUCUUUAGACUUGAAAUAACUGUAGCUGUAACAUUAUUGUUAAAAUUGUCAUUGAUGAGAAUUUUUCAGAAUGGUAUGUUGAAAAUACUUUAAGCAAAGGUGCUUUCUAUUGGACAAAAUUGUGAAUAAGUUGAUCAGAAGCAAGUCAAUUUGAUAUAGUGUGUGCUUAAAUUACAACCUUUAGACCUCAAUCAUCAAUGCAAAUAUUUAUUAUCUAAAUGUAUGUCUGGACAUUCCUAGUUCUUUUGUUUGGGAGAAUAUUAUGUAUCCAAAUGAAAAAUUUUUUGCUCACUCUGAGAGAUUUGAUUCUGGUCACCUUGGGUCUUGAAAAAGCUUUCAACUGUUUGUGGGAGGCUGCCUUAAGUUUUUCAGUACAGUUUUAUCCAAAGUGCUGUAGACAAGACAAGGUAUAGCCUUGCACCAAAGGAUACUGUUUUUAAUUGAUGAAAGAGAGUAAUUCAUGAGUAUUGUGACUAGAAUGUGCAAUAGGAUUUGGAGGAAAACCUGUUGUUCGACUAAUGUGGAAAUCUUGAUCAAUAUACAGAAUCAUUCCAAAGAAGGUUUCUGGAAGAGUGUUGGAAGGAAAAAAUCUGUGACUAUUUGUCUCAUCGUUCAUGGCUUAGGCUUCAUCCCGCCACCUUUCUCCGGUCAAGUUUAGUUUGGAGUACAAAGCGACGGAAUUAAGCAGGAAGGGAAAUAAUAUACUCUCUUGUGUAGUAGACCAGAUAUUGACUAUAUCCUUUAUUUUCUAUUUUUUGUUCUGCGAGGAGAAUAAGACGAGAAUGUGAAGUCAGUGCAAAUACGCAGACCUACAAUUGCGUUUGCAGUUAGGUCAGAAAGUGUAAUUUCGUUUCGGUUUCUGUUUACAUAAUGUGUAAUCCUUAGCAAUGAACAAGACAUCUUGUAGCGCACUUUUAUUAUCCUUUCAGUAAAGAAUGUUUCACUUGACAAACGUUUGAAAAUAAAAUGUUUCAAAAUGA